CUCGCUGGCGGGCGGGAGGGCGCAGAUGGCGGCGCGAUGGGGAACCGGGGACGAGCAGUGUGAUGCCCUAGAUGGUGAGGUGUGUGCCAGUCUUCCUGAUCUCAACUUAACUGGGUUGGAUGUUGGCGACCUAGAUGCUGGAGGGAUUUUCGGAGCAUUUCAAGGCUAUAUUGAUCAGUCCAUAAUCUCCAUUAUUGAGGACUCAUCGUCAUCAGAGAAUAAGCCCCACCUGGAUGAGGAAACUGAAGCAACGCUUCUGACUGCCUUGACCGAAAUUCUCGGCACUGUAGAUGAUGAAGAUCUCUCUCCAUUUGAUACACUCCCAGACAAUGAACUGUUUGCAUCACCAAAGGAUGGAGAUGAACAAACUCUGGACCCGUGCAGAGAUAUUUUUGAAAACUUGAUACCCAUCAUCUCCAGGAGUUCCAGUACAACGUGGAAGUCUGAGAAGAACGUGCCUAAAAACUUUAGAGCUGGAUUAUCACAGCAGCGGAGUGAUGGAGAGGAGGAGGAUGCAAAUAGUAUUGGGCAAGACAUUGUCUCAGAGUCUGGAAGUGACUUUGUGGACGUUGAGUGGGAUGAAUCCAUGGAUGCAACUCCUUUGGGGAACGAAGUAACUCUGGGUUUAUCUGUAAUGGGACAGAGUUUACCGUGUGUUAUUAAUACAGAGAAUGUCUCCCUAAUUGACUUAGUUAAGUACAUGCACCCUUACUGUCUACCAAAUGGCACAGUUUGGCUGGAAGCCAAUAAUAUUGAGGAUUGUACUAAAACAAGAGAGAAUGGAGUAGAGAUGGAAAUUCAGGUGGUACAGGAUGGAAGUGUGAACUUGCAUAUGCCUGAGAUGCAAUUUGAUAAUGACCAGACAGUGUCUGAGUUACCAAGUGGUCAGAAUCUGGAAUUGGAAUACAAAGGAAUGGUUGAUGGUCAAAAUCUGUCCAGGAUAGGGAAAAAUCUGGAGCAAGAACCCAGCAAUAUUUUGUCCAGUCAAGAAAAUAAAUUAAAAACUAGCAACGUAAUUAGCAAGAAUCUCGCUGCAAAGGAUAUAAAACAAAGUACAGAACAACAAGAUAUUUGUGCUACUGCCCAAGAGCAGCCCAGAAACCCAAACCGAGGAAGGAAAAAGCACAAUUCUAUUGAGAUAACUACUGAUGCACAUCAGUGUGCAGGAGAACCAUCUACUGCUCACAGACCACUUACUAGGCUGAGUCUCAAAGCACAGAAUCAGGCAAAUGAAAUGAGAAUAUUAACUGAGCACACAUUGCAGUCUCAGCCGCCAAAUAAGAAUCAAGAAAACAUAGAGCAAUCAUCACUGCCCCAGCCAUUACUGGCAAGCAAACAGCAGGAUGGUCUGAGUAUUACUUCACAGGAGUCCAAUUUGUUAGUGAAACAGUUGGAACAAGAAGAUCCAGCAGGAACCAGGGAAGUUCAGAGGAGGGGAAGGGCUGGAGCAAAGGGGAAAACUGCCUUAAGAAGAGUCACCAAAGACGGAGAGAAUCAGCAAAAUGUACAAAAAAGGUCUUCUCUUACUGAAAAUUGUCUUGUAAUUAGAAGAUACAAUACAAGGCAGAAUUCUACAUGUACAAGACUGCAAUCUAGGUCAAAAAGCUCUAUUGCAAAGCAGAAAAACGAUCCAGAACACAUCGUGAAGAAGACUGAGAUCACAACCAGUGAAAAUACAAUAACCGUAGAUUCUGAGAUUGGUCCCAAAGACAUCAAGGCUGUCCCCUCUCAGGCAGUUUUGACAAAUUCUGACCUCAGCACUAUUCCAGCUCCUUCACCUUUGUUCUGUAACGUAACUGACACCAAGCUCAUCCCAAAAGAUCAACAACCUCCAGAAAAAAUACACAAGUCCAAACCAAUUAGCCUUCAGCAGUAUCGUAUGAGAUUACAGCAAAGGCAGCAGAACUCCAGGACAGGAAACUACAUGACAACCCAACCUGUCAGUGAAAGGACCUGCAAAGCUUCCUGGCCAGUAGUUCCUGUUCAGUCCAUUAUUCAGGGAGAAUUGAGUAUCCUCCCAUUGGAAACUAUUGGCCAGAAGCUCACCACUAUCCAAGCAGUAGCACCACAUGGCAGACGAGAGGCAUCACAGGCGGUACAGGCUCCAGACUCUAGCCACAGCACCAGACCAGAUUCUCCUGUGAGCCACAAUCUAGCCAAGCAUACUGCAGGCAUCCUGAAGUUUGGAAAGAAUCAAUCCAGCCAAAUGCCUGCUCAGACACCAACCCAGGAUGCCCCAGUUACUUUGCCCACAGUACAGCCUGCACCAAUUAUUGCUGCAUCAGUUGGAAUUACUGCAUCACCUGUUGUAAAUCGUUUAACUAUUCACGGUGCACCUGCAGAAUGGUAUCUACUGGAACAGCCUGCACCAGCCCAGGUAUCUAUGGCACCAGCCCAGGUAUCUAUGGCACCAGCCCAGGUAUCUAUGGCACCAGCCCGGGUAUCUAUGGCACCAGCCCGGGUAUCUAUGGUACCAGCCCAGGUAUCUAUGGCACCAGCCCGGGUGCAGCCUGCGCCAGCCCGGGCGCAGCCUGCGCCAGCCCGGGCGCAGCCUGCGCCAGCCCGGGUGCAGCCUGCGCCAACCCAGGUAUCUAUGGCACCAGCCCAGGUACAGCCUGUGCCAGCCCAGGCACCUGUGGCACCGCCUUCAUCAUUCAACAUCACAUCAGUCUCAUUUGCUGCAGCAUCACUCCAGGCAUCCAAGGUUUUGGUCAACAGCAAAUCAGCCUCAACUGCUCUGAUUCAGUUCGAUCCAGUGCCCCAAACCCUUGUGGGAAAGUCUGUACCAUCAGAAGCUGCACCUGUCCCAGUUAUCCAGACUGCACCAGUAGAACAGCGGCUCCCAGUCCAGACCGCUGCAGCUCACACUAAACUUGUGCACAAGGUUACAAGAAGGUCUUCAGGAAAGAAGAAUGGUGAUGAAAGAGAGAAACCCAAAGGAAUUGUAGCUCCAGAUUUGAUGAGCUUGCUGGAACAAUUUGAAGAGACGGAAGCCACAGAAGAGAUGAUCAAGCCACUGCCCAGGGAGUUGCUUUCUGUGAGCACUGUGGGGUCAACCUCCUAUGAAGAGAUGAAACCACUCGAUCAUAUAUUUGGAGCUGAGCUGGCUAGCACAGCAGGUUUGACUCCUCCAGCAACCCCACCUCAUCAGCUUUGGAAAUCUGUGCCUCCGGUCACCCUUUUAGGAAAACGGAAAGUGUACAACACCGCAGAGGGUUCUCCAGGCUCUCCACUGAGAACAGUAAAGUUAAUUGAACCCAAACCCUUGUCACAAAGUAACAGCAAAACAAAGUGCAUGAUCCGUGUGGACCAGCCCUUCCCCAAGAGUCCUGUGAAGGCACACAUUGGCUUUGGUGAUCAUGAAUAUUGUUUGCCAGCAAAUGACAGCAUAAGCAGACAGCCGAUGUAUUCCACAGUGUCUACAGCGCACACAGCCUGUUGGCAAGGUGAAGCAUCUGCAGAUGUUGGCUGUCGCUGGAAUGUGAAGCGCCAAGCAAGUAUCACCAUUAAACCUAUUGCCUCCAUGAACUCUCGACCUCCGUCCUGCAAUGCUGUCAAAAACAAGACCAAGGCAGCUGAAGAGGAACGUUGUUUCACGGAUGAUGACGUUUCAGGUUGCCAGGGAACGACAGACUCUGAAUCCAGGCAGUCUUCGGAUUUUGUUAAUCAAAUCAGAAAUGCUGAAAUAAAAGCAGAAGAUGCCGCUGAUGUUGGGAGAAGUGGCUCAAAGGCAGCAGGCAAUAGAAGCAGCAUACAAAAAGAUGCCUUCUGUCCCAGAAGCAACGGAAAAGGCACCAGUGUAAUACACUCAUGCUUACAAUCACAAUCUGUCUCGCCUCAUAGAAGUGCACAGACUGGGUCCAACCAGUUGGAUUCUCAUAGAGCUUAUUCCCGAGGCAGGACAACCUCAUACCGUAGAUAUCACCGAUCCACCAGCUCCUCCAGCUUGGAUUCCACCUCCUGGUCCCGAUCCCGAUCACGGUCUCCUGCAGGGAAACAGAGAAGAUAUUACAGAAGACGAUCUCAUCGCUCCCGAUACAAUUCUCGGUCCAGCUCAUGCUCCAGAUCUUAUUCAAGAUCCAGCUCACGAUCGCUCUCAGGAUCAAGGUCCAGAUCAAGGUCUUCACACAGGCAUGGAAUACAAAAAAGUUAUGACACCGAUGAUUCUGAUCUGUAUGAGAAUGCAUACGAACAAUGCCAUGGACAUAGCAGCACCCACUGGAGAGAGCUUGCCAUUGAGGAACGGCGAGUUGUGUACAUUGGGAAAAUCAGAAAUGGGAUGAUGAGAGAAGAACUGAAAAGAAGAUUUGAAGUGUUUGGUGAAAUCGAAGAUUGCAAUAUUUAUUUCCGAGAGGAAGGGGACAAUUAUGGAUUUGUCACCUAUCGCUAUACUUGUGAUGCUUUUGCUGCUAUUGAGAACGGGCAGACAGUGCGCAGACCUGACGAGUUGCCAUUCGACCUGUGCUUUGGUGGCCGCAGACAGUUUUGUAAAACGAGUUAUGCCGAUCUAGAUUCAAAUCACAGUGACUAUAACCCUAUUCCAGCCAAAAGCAAGUUUGAUACUUUAGACUUUGAUACAUUACUAAAGCAAGCUAAGAAAAACAUUCGGAGGUAACGCAGUGACUGACAGAUGAGUUCCUGAGCAAGGACAGAGAGUGGAUGUCCAACCUGUUUACAUGAAUGAUGCUGCUACUGGAUGCAAUUCAGAGGAAAUUCUAUAUAACACAGUGGAAGUGUCACUGGCUGCAUAUUAAAGUAUUAAUUUGCAUUCCUUAAACACCAAUGUAUAUUAAUUAUUACAGAUCAUCCUUUGUGAAAGAAAAGUUUCAAAAAAAACUAUUAAAAAGAUAAGUGAAAACUAA